AUGGCGGGACACAAGCUUUGCUCGGCGGCAGAUAAGCAACAAGGGGAAGGACUGAGAGAGGCCAUGAACCCGCCCCUCAUCUCUCAGCGUCUGCAACGGUCCUUUCCGCAUGCAGAGGUUCAGGCCGGGCCAGACACUCCCGCUGCGACACCGCAGCCAACUCAGCCUCCUGCAAAUGCAGCGAACCCAACGCCAGCGCCGUCUGCGCCGAAACCCGAGGAUGCUAUCGUGAAUGCCGUCGUUGAAGUCUUUAAAAGCGACGUCCCACUGAGCGAUGCCUUGGUCGCAGGUUUGCGCAAGGGACAAACGUUGAGCACCACAGUAGAUCAGAUCGUGAGCUCGACCCCGACCUCGACUACAUGGUCGAGUGCCGUGUGGAAAGCUACGUCCGCCAGGACCUUCGAUAGGUUCGCAAAGUCCGAUAAUCGAUUGCUGCCUUUUCUACUGCGUCAGGCCGUCGCAGCCGAUUUAUCGGUAGCAGAUGUAGCAAUCAAGUUUUACACCCUAUCGCAGGGAGGAAAGGCUGCAUCUAGCGAGAAUGAGACCUCAUUUCAAUCGAAUUUGUUCAUCGCCGAAACUGCAGCAUGUCUCGCUGGCUUGAUUGAUCGCAACGAAAUCCCUGCAGAACAGAAUCUCAAGGCCGGCCUUCUCGCACUUCUCGAAGCCGCGAGUCAGAAAGGGACCAGCUUCCCCAGAAUUCGGGCUACAACUUUGCUGGAUUCUGGGUCAGUGAGUGUGAACAUCGAUAUUCGCUCCUCGGUAGUCGAAUCCUUUGAAGACAUCCAAAGACUGGCGAAUCUCGUCCGACUCCCACAUCAGAUCGCGCCUCUUCUCAGGGCGAAAUAUAAAUCGGCAUAUUCCAUUGCGCAGACUCCUGUCGCGACAUUUAUACAGGCUGUGACAACUGCUGGCCUGCCUAUCGACGACGCACGGCGAGUCCAUGAUUUUGCAACUACAAUCGAGAUACGUAAUGAACAAGCUUGGGCCGGCGCCUUACAAGAUCGUAAUGACUCGCUCAUGCUGCCGGCUGCUCCAACUACAGCCCCGGCACCAAACCCUCCUACUAUACGAGCCGACCCUAAUGAUAAGACCAUCAAUCUGACUAACCUCUUCAACGACAUGGACAGUAUUGAAUGCGCUGACUGCUCCUCAGUAACAAGCCCUUCAGCCUAUUUUGUCGAUCUUCUCCGAUUUCUGCAAGAGACUAAAGAAGAUAUGAAAGCCCUAGCUUCCCCGUCUUUGUUCGCCUUACUCAUAAAGCGCCGUCCCGACCUGCGGUAUCUUCAGCUUUCAUGCGCAAACACGAACAAUACCAUACCCUACCUGGAUCUAGUCAAUGAGUUGCUGGAAUACUUUGUCCUCAAUGUCAAUGGUAAAGUCCCGAACAUGGAGGAUGAAUUUGCCAAAUUCAAUAGCCAGGCCAAAGACAGUGGCAAAGUAGACUCACAGCAGCCGCAAAACUUGAACAGAGAUGUAUACCAGAACCAUAUCCUGCGCCAGACUUACCCAUUUCCCCAAUUGCCCUACAAUCACAAUAUUGAUACAGCUCGAGUCAUACUAGAGGCUUUGGGGACUACCAGGGAGACAGUCUUGACCAUUUUCGGUACUGAUGAGGCAAGCAUAACUAAUGUCAGCCCCUGGAAGCGCGAAAGGUAUACAGCACUUGAGAGAAGCAGGGUUGCCACUGAGAAGCGGAUUGCCACUUCUCGAGCCAUUGCUACCGAAAGCCUAGGACUUAUUGAUGAAGACUUCUUCGCGAUCACUGGUGAGGGUCUGGAAUCGAUCGCUCUCUUUCGAGCAUAUUGGGGAGGUACUCAAGAUGUCUCCUAUGACAAAUACAGAUCCUUCUUUGAUCCUAAAUGGACCGAGAAUCUGACGCCUGCUGGGUACUGGGGCUAUCGUCAAGAUGGACAGAACAGUCCUCUGACCCUAAUGUUGGACGACAAAAACGGGACCGGGCUCACUUUCAUCAAACGGCAGCUCCUGCCUCGUAGUGGCUUACUAUUGGCAGAGCUAUUGGAGAUCCUUGGGACACAAUUCAUUGCAAGACGUUUGACCAUUGUGGCCGAAACACCUGAUGGAGCAUUUACGGAUGAGAUCGAUAACAUGAGGCUGAAGACUACUUCCUUAGUUGACCCGACGUCCAACAAGCUCACGGAAUCUAUUUGCAAUGACCUUCAAGCUUUCAUCAGACUGCGGAAGCGAACGGGAAUCGCAACCACAGAGCUCGACAGUAUCAUUUCUAGCUCAAUACGAGCUGACUAUAUCCCCUCAAACAACUUUUCGAUUACGCCCAAGGCCAUUGAAGACUUGGCAGCAGCGAGACAACUGUCUGUUCUUGCGAGUCUAAGCUUAUCAGAACUCCAACCCUUGUGGAGUACGAUGGAUACAAAUGGCCCAAAGAGUUUGUAUGCUCGAUUGUUCUACAGCACGCGAUUGACCGCACAGGAUCCAGUCUUCAGUGUGUUGGGCAAAGGAGAGACACCUGCGCAGCUGAAGAUCUCUGAGCAUCGCACUGUGAUCAUGAGCGCUCUUGGUCUCAACGACAAAGACUUGGACAAUCUCAUUGACGCAGCCGGGCUGAAACCAGCUGACAAUCUUUCAAUAAAAACGAUUUCUCUGCUCUACCGAGUCAAUAUUCUCCGUUCGAUUUUCGGCGUAAAGAUUACCGACUGUUCUCAGCUGUAUUCGAUCACUUCAAGCUCUCUAGACUCCAUCUGCCAAGGACCUCAGCAGACUUUACAAUAUCUGAAGCAGUGGCAAGAGAUCAUUGCCACAGGCCUGACGACAGAAGAUCUGAAUCAGAUCAUACCAACUAAGAGUUAUACACCACCACAAGACCCAAUGAUCAGCUUCUCCGUCAGACUGAGUACAGGAUUGGCUGCUGUCGAAAGAACGUAUCCUUUACGAAAGGAUGAGGCAACGGGCUUUGAAGAAGUCCAGAAAGCUGUCGCUUUAGUUUUUGAAUCUUCAGUUGUGCCCACUGUCAUGGGUUUCAUAGAAGGAACAUCGACCAUUAGCUACGACGUAAAGUCUCUCAAGGCAUCUUCACUUGCCACGAUCAUUCCUGCGCGACUAACUUUUGACUCUGGUAAAGCGCCGGGUGAGGGUCGCUUGAACCUUACUGGUCUUCUGGAUACAAGGGAAACAAAACUGUUGUUGGACUUCACCUCUGAGGAGCCGGAAUUGAAAAAGGCCGUUGCAUACAUGACCGAUGCCUCAAGAAAGACUUUCGAUCUGAUCAGACUUCGAUUACAGAUCCCAGAAGCAGACGCCGAGAGAACAUUUGCCACAGAUCCAUUGGAUGAGGAAGCUAGGAAAACGCGUCGACUCCUCGUUCUGUCUUUCUGUAUCCCGGUGCUGAGGUAUCAGCUUGCACGCCAGCUGGUUCUUGACUUGCUAGCAGCAGAAUUCAGUGGGGUCGAUCCAGCUGCUUUACUUAUCAUCGUAACAGCAGUGAUCAAGACCACCGGGGAAGGCGCGACUCAGAUUACUGCACUUGACUCACUUCGCGGCUUAUGUGAUCUCCAACCCGAUGAGAAGGCUUUCUCAGGCUACUUCAUACCCCCGACAACUAACGCCUACGUAUUUGUCUCUAAGUCACUGACAUCAAAGUUGGCUGUCGAUGGCCAGAUGAUAACACCCGAGAAUGUCGGCGGGGAACGGAAAUUUACGACUUCACGUUUGUUGAAUGGCAGAUCCUACAGAUUCUCGUACACAGGAAAUCUUGCCAAGGAGAUGCGCUUCAUGCCAAAAGACGGCCUCGUUCAGCUUACUCUUCCACUCGAAAGCCUUCUCGACGAGAGAAUUGUCACAGCAGUUCAAUCGAUCUACCGAAGCCUUGUCGCAACGACAAGACUGUCUCAAGUCUUCAAGAUGACAGCGGAAGAAAUUCAGUACUUCCACCGUGGGAAGAACAUACCGUUAACAUACGAUUUUAAUGAUAUGUCUUUCCGGGGUCUGCGAGACCUUGUCACGUAUUACAACCUGCGGCAAAGCAUAAGUCCUACGUCCAGCGAUGUCAAAUCAAACCUUCUUUCUCUUUUUGCUUUUUGCAAAGACAACAUACAGACCAACGAUCCUCGUACUAUCGACCAACUAUAUGAAAAAAUCUCAGGCGCAACUGGCUGGCCACUGAAAAUCGUUCAACAGAUCAUGGUACAAAAAUACUCGAACAAAACCCUGGACUGGCGCAUCGCACUUUUCAGAGGAUUUGAGGAGCUGAAGAGUCUUCAGGACGUCAUCUCACUCUCUCAGCGACUAACAAGUAUUCUCCCCUCACUUGAGAUAUCGACGAUGUUUGGUCUUGCUACUCGUAAAUCCUUUACAAGACUGAAUCCCCAUCUCUAUGAGUCUCUGUCCGCGGAGAAGCUAAGACUUGCGACAAUGUCCGUAAUAGACCAAAACGAAGUACUGCGACCUGCUAUCGAUACUCUUCGGGAACAUCGGAGAACGGCUCUUCUGGCAUAUAUCCUUAACCAUCCUGCAGUCAAGAAACUUGGCAUCAUUAAUGAAGACUCCUUGUUUGAGUACCUUUUGAUAGACGUUCAAAUGGGACCACAAUUACUCACUUCCCGUAUGAAACAAGCCAUUUCGACCAUCCAUCUCUUUGUACAACGUUGUCUUCUUGGACUAGAGAUCUGGAAUCUCAGUGGCCCAGAUCCUAAUGCUCCAAAACUCAAAGUCCGUAGCGAUAUAGUCUCAAAGGUCCGCUGGUCAUACCUAUCUCAAUACACACUAUGGGAAGCCAACCGGAAGAUCUUCCUCUACCCUGAAAACUGGAUUGAUCCAGUGUUGCGCGACAACAAAACUGACGUAUUCAAACAAUUCGAGACGUCUUUACAGAGCAAUAACCUUGAUAAGGACUCCAUCUUCCAGGCCGUCAAAUCGUACGUCUAUGAGGUCAAUGAGCUGGCGCAUCUCGAGUAUCAGACGUAUAUCUGGGAAUUCGUCGAUGAUAGCGUGAACAAGUACCACUUCUUUGCUCGCACCAAACAUGAGCCAUAUGAGUACUAUUAUCGAAUGUUUAAAUAUACCAAGCUCGGAGCUCGAUGGAUCAGUCGGUGGGACUCAUGGAUGAAAAUCGAUAUCGAUAUUGUAUCUCAAGAUGCCGACUUCGACGGCUCUACGAUUCCAGGCAAAGGCGCUUUCCUGGUCCCUGCGAUCCAAAAAGGCCGCCUUUACCUCUUCCUCCCUCAGGUCGUGAUAAAGACCAGUCCCGUCGCUGCGCCGACUCCGGUAGCUAUGAAAGGAAUGUGGAACGAGCCCAAGAACGACCCACUGCAGAGGCAAUAUUGGGAGAUCAGACUGGCAUGGACCGAGCUGCGCAACCAAAAAUGGACGCCAAAACAGAUGUCUCAGGAAGCUUUGAAGAUCAGUAGUCUUCGACAACCCAUAGGAAAUUACAUCCUCCCUCCUCUGGCAAGUAUACGCUUCUGGGCGACCAGACUUGAUAAUACUACACCGAAUGCAGCCACAGAUGAUACCCUAAUCAUCGCUAUCGAAUCGUGGUACGAAGCGCGGCGAGAGGUCAUCGGGAACCUUCCAGUCAGAACUGACCUGGGCGAGAAACGAGCAUUUGAAUACAAUUUCCCAAUCACGAAACCAUCGAGUCGGUGGGGACUAGGCGCUUUUAAGAUAAUCGGAUCGGAGGUCACCGUUUCCGACUACGAUCCCCCCAACAAUCUGUUCGUUUGCUCUUACUUCUAUAAAGUUUCGGCCAAGGUAGGAACCGCUCCACAAGACAAGGUGGGCUUGGCUCGCUAUUUCCCUAACUAUCGGGACGUUUAUGACAAAACUGUUCCUCCGAACACUGGUGGGUUUCAGGGCAAUAUACCAAUUCUGCUAGCCCUGCCUAACGAUGUCAAAACGGACAAUGAAAACUUCAGCUGGACAAUGUCUAUGAACGUCUCAUGGUCGCGUGUACCAACAGCGCUUCUCAUGGAGCAAUGGGUCUCGGGCAAAUCGCAGACUAUCUUCUCUGUGUUUACUAAGCCCGCUGAUGAGAAGGUUAUCGCCGAAGAUCACCUUCAAAUCUCACAUCCUUACGCGUUCGACCUAAUGGAAAGAUCAACCCGCGCUGACGACAUAUAUCCUAUCUAUCAAUUCCUUAGUAGCGUAAAAGCCCCAGCUUCAGGUGAUAAGAAUCUCAAUGCAUAUCAUGCUUAUGGUGCGCUGGAUCCCAAAGCUGCAAAAGUCGUUGAAUACGCGGAGCAGGCUUGUGCACAAUCCUUGUACGUAUGGGAGCUCAGCCUUCACAUUGUGAUGCUACUGAUGGAGAAACUUCUUUCUACUCAACAAUUCGAACUCGCGCUGGACAUUGCACGUCUAGUGUUUGAUCCCAGGGAAGAGGGUGAUAGCUUGCAGAGAUGCUGGAAGUUCUUUCCGUUCAAGAAUCCGGAGAUGGCGAAAAUGGGCACAGUAAAAGAGUCUCUGAGUAAUAAGCCAGGGGAUGCCGGCAAUGAAGCCCUUAUCCAGUGGAAGGAGAAUCCGUUCUCUCCUCAUGCUGUAGCACGAGGUCGACCCAUGGCGUACAUGAAAAGAAUUGUCAUGAAAUACAUCGAGAUUCUCAUUGCGAAUGGAGACGAUUUCUUUCGUCGCAAUACUUUGGAGAGCAUACCCCUGGCCAUUCAAAGAUACGCAGAAGCAUCGCAAUUGUUUGGACCCCGGCCUCGCAAAAUCCCUCCCUUAGGAUCAAAAACUGCUCAGACAUUCGCGCAACUUGACAAGUCUUUCAACAGCUUCUCCAAUGCUGCAGUCAAGAUGGAACUGGAGUUCCCCUACACUUGCGAUCCCCGGAAUCGUGGAGCAACGAAUGCGGCAACCGCCUUGGCCAAAGGACAAAAGCCAAAUCCUUUCAUGGGCUUUGCAAAGACGACGUACUUUUGUGUUCCCGCAAAUCCAAAGAUGAUGGAACUUCGCGACUUGAUAGAUGACCGGUUAUUAAAGAUCAGGAAUUCUAUGGACAUCAAUGGCAAGGCUCGAAGUCUCCAGCUCUGGGAGCCGCCAAUAGACGCUGGUGUCUUAGUCCAAGCCCAAGCGGCGGGAAUCAGCUCGUCAUUGCUGCUGACUGACCUGGAUGCCCCAAUGCCUAACUAUCGGUUCUUGUAUCUUCUCCAAAAAGCUUUCGAACUUUGUGCAGAGCUGAAGAGUAUGGGCGAGUCUUUCUUAGCAGCAAAGGAAAAGCGGGACGCUGAAGCUUUCAGCCUCCUCACUGCAAGGCAAGCCGUGGUCUCUGAAACAAUGCUGAUAGACGUCAAGCUACUGCAGAAGACCGAGGCGGAAAAGAGCAUUGCUGUAUUGGAAGAGACGAGAAAGUCUCAUGAGAUGCGGCUGUCAUACCAUCUUGAACUGACUGGUGAAUCCCUGAGCAAAGUGCCUAACGAGCGGACGGCCUGGCAAGAUCUGCAGCAAGCGAUUGACAAGCCGAGCAGCGACGAUCUACGCAUGAGUUCAUAUGAAAAAACUGAAAUGAACAAAGCGGACAGUGCCGCUGAUCUGACCGAGAAAGCCUCUGUCAUGGAUGCGAUUGCGGCUGGUCUGAUGGCGCUGCCAAAUCUUACUACCACCGUCCAACCAAUGGGCGUAGGAAUGAUGAUGAAGAUCGAUGCCGAGAAUAUCGCGAAAUUCAUGCAAGGCACAGCAGUGGUGUUGAAGCUGAAAGCAGAAAUGGACUCCUUCGAUAGUCAGCGCGCCGCUCGAAAAGCUACUCUCAUCAGGCAACUUCAGGAGAGGCGGCUCCAGGCCAACCUCGCAGGCCACGAUAUCAAAUCGCUUGACAAAGAACUCGAAGUCUCUCGCGUACGGCUGGCAUUGUGCAAUAAAGACAUUGAAGUGCAGAAGAAACAAGCCGAGCAAGCUAAGGAGGUGCAGACUUUCUACCAGAGCAAAUAUACGAAUGAGAAGUUGUAUACUUGGAUGGAAAACACGAUUCGCUCCGCUUAUUACGACACAUACCUCGCCGCAAUGCAGAUCGCCAAAAAAGCCGAGAAGUCCUUCCUGUUUGAACACCCCCUCCACCGCAAUCGUACAUCACAUCUCGCCCAAACAGGCUUCUGGGAUAGCGGCCGCGACGGCCUCCUGUCGGCCCACAACCUCUACCUCAGUCUGAAGAGACUAGAAGCCACCUACCACGAGAAACGCUCUCACGACUUUGAACUCGUGAAGAACGUGUCGUUACGACAGAUCUCGCCCGCUGCGCUACUUACCCUCCGCGAAACUGGCAAAGCAGAAUUCACCUUGCCCGAGGUGCUGUUCGACAUGGACUUCCCAGGCCAUUUCAUGCGGCGAAUAAAGACCGUAUCCGUCUCCAUGCCAUGCCUCAUCGGGCCCUACUGCGGCACGAACUGCACAGUAACACUCCUAGAGCACCGAACGCGCGUGUCGGGGAAGAAAGGGGACAACUACGACGAUCAGGGCCGCGAGGAUACCCGCUUCAGGACCGAUCGCGUGCCUAUCUCCUGCAUAGCCAUCAGCUCCGGCCAAUCCGACACCGGCACCUUCGAGCUCAACAUCAACGACGAGCGCUACCUCCCCUUCGAAGGCGCCGGCGUCAUCAGUAAAUGGCGCCUCGAGUUCCCCAGCGAGAUCCGCCAGUUCGAUUACGAUACCAUUUCCGACGUCAUAUUGCAUGUGCGCUACACGAGCAUCGCGGGCGGGUCCGCGCUGCAGAAGGCGGCGAACGCGAGCGUUAAAGGCUAUUUGAAGACCGUUAGUGAGCUCGAUUUGGAUAAAGGCGGCGUCAGCGUCCUGUUGGAUUUGAAAAACGAUUUUCCGAAUGAGUGGUUCAAUUUUGCGAGUAUUGGGGAGCCGUUCGCCUUGGCGGGGCUGAGGGAUAGACUGCCUUUCUGGACUAGAGCCGCGACGAAUGUUGUGGUCAAAUCGGUGUAUCUUAUUGUUAGUAGUGCGCCCAUCGCCAAUGACGCUGGCGUGGAGACGAGGCCGGACUUGGUGAAUUUGGUGGAGGGGGAGAAAAUGAAGUUUGAGGCCCCCUCCAGCGAGGCGAGAUUGAAGAAGAGUGAGGUUAUUCCUAUGCCGGGAGUGGGGAAGGGGAUGGGCGUUUUUGAGGUGGAGAAGGUCGCGGGCAAGGUGGAUAGGAAUUGGAAAUUGAAGUUUAGAGUGCAGGAGAAGAGGGUUAGGGAUGGCUUGGGGGGGUUGUGGGCGGUUGUGAGGUAUGCGGCUGAGUAUAAAGUGUGA